CAGAGAUGCCAACAGGUCGAGAGCCCUUUUAAAGGCCGCAACUCGCAAGCAAACAGUUGGCCCUUGCUACAUUCCGUUGACCACAUUAUUAGGUACGGAUUCUGAGUACUGAAAUCCCUUCGCUUUACCCUAAUAAGUAAAUUCACCUUUAUUUUGGGAGUUUGAACUGUGUCUAUAUCCAUGUAUCUGGGUCAUUACGCUGCGGAAGUCACAAGUCUUUCUCCCAAAGCUACGGAGAAAGAUGUCUAUGAAUUUUUCUCUCACUGUGGUGAAAUUGAACUAGUAGAGAUCAUCAGAUUGAGCGAAUAUGCUUCUAUAGCCUAUGUUACGUUCGAAGAUACUUAUGCGCUGGAAAAUGCUAUAUUACUUAGUAGAUCCACUAUAUUAGAUCAAUGUGUUCGUGUAUCUCGCUUGGAAGCACAAAUAGAUGAAUAUGAUCCUUGGAAUAACUCUAGGGAUAAGGUGGAGAAUGGAAGCAGCUAUGCGCAGGUCACUCACACAAAUGAGUUCAUUUCAACUCCUGGAGAAGCUGUGACCAUGGCACAGCACGUAGUUGAAACCAUGAUAGUGAAGGGAUAUGAACUAAGUAAGGAUGCGCUAACCAAAGCUAAAGCAUUUGAUGAAUCAUAUCAGGUCUCAUCCACCGCAGUAGCAAAGGGGGCAGAGCUCAGCAAGAGAGUGGGGCUUACUGAUAGAAUUCAGUCUGGCAUGGAGACUGUAAAAUCCGUGGACGAGAAGUACCAUCUUUCUGAACUUACCAUGUCCGCUGUGUCUUUUACAGGGAAAACAGCCGUAGCUGCUGCAACUACUGUGGUUAACAGUAGUUACUUCUCCAAGGGAGCUCUUUGGGUUUCAGAUGCUCUGAAUCGGGCUGCCAAGGUGGCUGCUGACUUGGGUAAUAAUGGUGUCAAAAAAGAAACAGUUCCUCUGCAAAUGGACUAAAGAGGUAAAUAGGGUUGACGCAACAAUGCCAAUAUGGAGUUGUUCCAAGGUUUAAGCUUUUCAUGGAGACUUGAGAUUUUACAUGAAUGUGAAUAUUAAAAGUUUUAGCUAGAUAAAGUAGUUUGCGGUGUUCAAAUGAGAGUGGGCUACAUGAUCUAAAUAUGAUUAAUACAUUGUGGUGACAUGUUGAUAUUUUGCAAUCAAUCGAUUUGAUUUCUUUUCCUCGUGGAA